AUGAAUUGCAAAUUAGUGAAAAGUUUAGAGACCACACAAUUUGUUGAAAUGUAUGGGGGUGCUGAUGGUGCCAAAUUACAAGAUUUCUUAGGCACCAGUGCUGUUGUUAGUAAACAAUGCUUACCAGCGCUAAGCUAUUGUCAAAGAGCAGUCUUUGAUCUUACUAAACCUAAUAGUCAAAGGAGAAACUUUCACACUUCAAGCUACUUAUUGAGUGAAUCACAAGUAGUGAAUUGUCCAGCAUUUGCUGAGUCAAUAACAGAAGGUGAUAUUCGUUUCGAGAAAGUGGUUGGAGAUUUUGUUAAUGAAGAUGAACUAGUGGGAGAAAUUGAAACAGAUAAAACAAAUGUUGCUCUAAAUGCUCCUUGUGCAGGAGUAAUAGAAGAACUGUUGGUAUCUGAUGGUGAUACAGUAUCCCCCGGAACACCUUUAGUUAAAAUCAAACCUGGCAAAGCUGGAGAUGGAGCAGCAAAAUCAGAGUCAAAACCAACAGCAGAAGAGUCCAAACCUGCAGCUGAAGCUCCCCCUAAAGAACAGCCCAAAGAGGAACCUAAACAAGAAGCUAAAGCCGAUACUUCAACUAAAUCUGAUGGUCCUAUCCCUACCUCUCCCCCACCUGUCCCUCCCAUGCCUACAGGUCCUACUAGUUCAAAGCCAACUUCCUCAGUGUCUGUUAAGUCAGCACCUAGUGAAUCUGUUAGUGAUGGUCGUGGUGAAAAAAGGGUGAAAAUGACUCGCAUGAGACAAAGAAUAGCAGAACGCCUGAAAGCUGCUCAGUUAUCUUGUGCCAUGUUAACAACAUUUAAUGAAAUUGAUAUGAGGUAA